UUGAAAUGAAAUCGAGUGAAAACGAAGGAAAAGUGGAAGGAGAUAACAAAAGAAGGAAAUGACGAAUCAUCAUUUCCGGUUGCGGUCGUUUGAAGAAAAGGGUAGGCCCAUCCGUCGUUUCCUGUUUUGAGACGCAAGCUCCCCAGAACAUCAAUUGCGGUUUCGGUAAUAUUUCCUCUGCUGAAUACGACGAAAGCCACAGACCCUUCCAGUCCAUUCAUCGGUUGUUUUGUUGUUGUUUUCUUUUAGCUUGUUGUUAUUUCUUUUCUUUUGGGGUUAGUUGUUGUUGUGUGUGUUUGUGUUUUGACUUUCAACCUCGCUGCACGACUCAUGACACACCCCGGACAACAUGGACGAUAGUGGCAAACGACUUGGAACACGGGUAUUCAAGAAGAGCUCCCCGAACGGCAAGAUCACAGUGUACUUGGGGAAAAGGGAUUUCGUCGACCAUGUCAGUCACGUGGAGCCUAUAGAUGGCGUAGUUUUGGUGGAUUCAGAUUACAUCAAAGAUCGUAAAGUUUUCGGCCACGUCCUAGCCGCAUUCCGCUAUGGACGCGAAGAUCUGGACGUUCUCGGACUUACAUUCCGCAAAGACUUGUACCUGGCUUCAUCACAAAUCUUUCCACACGAGCCGACCAAUAAGCGUCCACCAACCAGAUUGCAGGAGAGACUGCUCAAGAAACUCGGGCCUAAUGCCUAUCCAUUUUUUUUUGAAUUGCCGCCCCAUUGCCCUGCUUCUGUCACUUUGCAGCCAGCGCCUGGCGAUAUGGGCAAACCAUGCGGAGUUGAUUACGAGCUCAAGUGUUUCGUCGGUGAAACACACGAGGACAAACCACACAAGAGGAACUCUGUUCGCCUGGCCAUCCGAAAGAUCAUGUAUGCUCCAAGUAAACAGGGAGAACAGCCAUCAGUGGAAGUGAGCAAAGAGUUCAUGAUGAGUCCCAACAAGUUGCACCUGGAAGCGUCUCUUGAUAAGGAACUGUAUUACCAUGGCGAGACGGUCGCUGUCAACGUUCACAUACAAAAUAAUUCAAACAAAAGUGUCAAAAAAGUGAAAGUUUCUGUUCGCCAGUUUGCAGAUAUAUGCCUUUUCUCUACGGCGCAGUACAAAUGCACGGUUGCCGAACUGGAGAGCGACAGGGAGAGUUGCCCGGUGGGACCCGGAUUCACUUUGUCUAAAGUCUACUACCUAACGCCUCUCUUAGCCAACAAUAAAGACAAACGGGGACUGGCGCUGGAUGGACAAUUGAAGCAUGAAGACACAAAUUUGGCAUCUUCUACUAUAUUGACAGAGCCAGUGCAAAAAGAAAAUCUAGGAAUUAUCGUGCAGUACAAAGUGAAAGUUAAACUAUGCCUUGGAGCUUUGGGCGGGGAUUUGGUUGCAGAGCUACCGUUUAUUUUAAUGCAUUCGAAACCACCAGAAGAUAGUCCUCCGCCGAGUCGUCCUCCAACAGCCGUGGCGAGUCCUAAAAAAGAUCCAAGUGACUGUGUACCAGUGGAUACUAACCUGAUUCAACUUGACGCUGAAGUGACGACUCAUAUGGAACAGGACGACGACAUCGUUUUCGAAGAUUUUGCCCGGCUGAGACUGAAAGGUGAAACGGAAGCAUGAGGAAAUUAAUUCAUGUUUUGAACACAUUUGGCAGACAAAGGGCGUGCUGAUAUUUUACAUGAAAAGACAAAAAAGAUGAUGGAGGUUCAAGCUUGACUUUUCGCUCAUCUAUAAAAUAUUGUUCUCCCUAUUUUUCAUCUUUCUACACCUGAUAAUAUUCUUUGGGGGGGAAGGGUGAGAUCGUCGCUCCUGUUGGCUGACUUUAAGAUUUCUGUUGUAGAAAAAAGCCGUCUGCUUGUGAAUUAAGCCUCUGAUUUAUUUGAAUUCAUUCCCGCUUUUUCAAAUAUCAUAUCCGACAUUUUGUAGUGUUGUAGAUUAGUAGUAGAUAGGUGAAUUCUGCUCCAACAGUAACAAAAAAAGAAAUGGAUUUCUAAUUAUGUUGAAAAUGGCGCUCUCUGUUACUUCUUCCUUUAAAAAUUUAUUUUCCAUUAUGCUCCCUUUUGAUAUUUUUAUCAGUUUUAAAAACAAUUUUCACUAGCAGCAGGGUAUGCUUUAGAAUUUACAGGUUAUUCUAGUCAUUUGACGUUGGAGGACUAUGAACUCAUGCCAAUCAACUCAUUUUAAUUGAGGCGUCUGUUGUGUGGCCC